AACGCUACUACCACACACAUAUUCAUGCGUAGCGUUGUGCCCCAGCCUGGCCGCGCCCAAAGUGGAGGUGAGCGGACCGGAGCGCCAGGAAUUUCCUUGCCGGAAGCCCGCCACUUGCCAUCGAAGUCCUGUCCAUCUACUUUGUCCUGGCGCUUCGCUUUGGCCAUUUCUGCUUCGGCCAGCUGCCAAGCGGGAGUCCCACGAGGUAGGAGAUGUAGCCUGCGCCCUGCACAGGUUUCACCGCCAAACCGCUGGGAUACUGAUCUUCGUUCAAAGCCGUUGCCAGCUAGCCCAGUCAUUUUGCGGUCUGACAUGAAGUUGGAUGAAGUCAUCCGAAUUCUUCUGAGUUCCAAUGCGAUCUGCGUGAAAGAGGUCAAUACAGAAGAUGGACGCGAGGACGUGUUUUAUGUUCAGGUGACUGGCCCAUCUGAGGCUUCUGUCGCUUGUAUUUCCUUGGUGGACUUGUUGGAGGCGCCGCGCCACUUGCCCCUUGGGUGCUUGCUGGAUGAUGGAAAAGAAGAGUGUGAACUCUAUUCUGUUGCGCCUGAACCGUACAAGGAAAAAAACGUCGAAAGCGAGCUUUCGGGCCGCUUGCCCUGGCUAGUUGGCCUGCUGUUUUUUUUGACAGUGUCAUCUGCAAUCCUCGAAUACUUUGAUGGCCUCCUGCAACAGCAUUUGAUCAUCGCCUUUUACCUCACCGCCCUUGUUGGGUGUGGAGGGAAUGCAGGUUCUCAAGCUGCCUCAUUGGUUCUUCAGGCUUUGGCGACAGGAGAACUUGUGCCAAGCUUGAGCGACUUGGCAAGUGUCGUUUUGAAGGAGCUACAAGUCAGCCUUGGGAUUGCACUCGUGCUGGCCGGAGGCGUGGCACUGCGAAUCGUUUUGUUUGGUGGCACUCCGAUUGAUGCAGCUGCAAUUGCGCUGGCUAUGGCCAUCACAGUCACCUUCUCAGUGAUCUUUGGCGCUUCAGCACCACUUAUACUUCAGCGGCUGGGCGCAGAUCCAGCCAAGGUGAGUGGGCCUCUUUUGUCGACUGUUAUCGACAUUGCUGGGGUUUUGGUGGCCUGCCUUUCGGCACUUGCUUUUCAGGCUUUGGGGUUGUGGUGAUCGGCUGUGAGGCCAAGGGGUACUGCCCAGAAUUUCAAUGGAAC